AUGGGGGCGAGUGGGGAGGGCGCAAAAGGGGACAUCGGGAGGCCCUUCCGGGGCAGUUCUGGGCGUACGCCAAAAACCGCAAAACCACGUAGUCGGAUCCCUCUUUGCGACCCCGGGAACUUCGUGACUCGCCGUCCCAAAGGCUGCUCGAUGUUCGUGCUUAUAGCAGAAAUCACGUGGGUGGCGACGGUUUUCCUGCAAUUAUGCGUCAGGCACGACCACCGGCUGUGGAAGUACUGGACGGGCGUCACGUGGUUCUCCGAUUGGAAGAAAUCCCUCGUCUACGUCCCGAUGUCGGUGAUACCCGUCCUGCGACCGCACGGCCUUUGGCUGGCCUAUCUGGCUGGCGGGCAACUGCUCGCCCUCGCCCUCUGCCAUUUCCUGCUCACCUUCAGGACCAAGAAGAAGACCAGAAGACGGAACAAGGGCCGGCUGUUGCAGGACGCCGACAGCUUCGAAAGCAGCAAGUUCGAGGAGAUAACGGAGUGCCUGGACGACGGGCUGCCGGAGCCGAUGCCGGGCAGCAGUCACUCCCUGUCCGGGGGCCUCGUCGAGCGGGAGGCGGUGCUGGAGAUUUGACCGGAGGUGCACAAGGCUCCGGAUCUGUUCCGGCACGUGGCGGAUUCCGGGCAUUGGAGCGAAGAGGAGGAGCCGCUUGAUUAAUAUCUCCGAUUCGUGUUGUAUAAAUAUACUGAGUGACAAAAGUAAAAAAACACCAAGAAGCAAAUUUUUCAUUUUUCAUUCAAACUGUA